UGUCCUCGAGGAGGAGUUGCGUGACAGUACUUGGGGGUGGGGAAAAGAUGGUAUGGGCGGUGAGAGUAGCGAUGACGAUUUCUUUGAGCCAAGUGACUUGGAUGAUGAGCAGAGCGACGGGUAUGAUUCCGACACACUGCCG